AUGACCGCCCCUCGCACAAGGGCCGGCAAGGAAGCCGACAGCAGUCUUUUGAGCAUCGUCGUGAAUGGGCCAAUCAUCCUUCGAGGGGAAGAGGGACGGCAUGGGAUGGUCAGUGGGACUCUUCCAGAGAACCAAAAGCGGCGGAGGUGGUACGUGCCUGGGAACCUGCGCCUGGCUGGCAAGAUCGCCAAGAACAGCGAAAACACGAAAACCCUCCGCACGAAAACAGUUCAAAAUCGUCUUAUAACGGCUCUUAUGGGGCGAGACUGGCGGUCUGAUGAUGGCGGAAACCCCAACAACUGGUCAAAACGAGGGAAUAACAGCGAUACUGGAUACGUUCCAGCCUCACGAAGGCGCGCGCGCUCAAGAACGCCCUCGAGAUCUCGCUCGCGGUCACCUACUGGUUCAUUCUAUUCACGGCGCUCGUCUCGUGGACGGACACGAUCUCCAUCAUCUUCUCCCGCUUCCAAACGGAGGAAGACCUACGAAAAUGCCGAUGAUGAGCAUGACAGUGACAGACCGCAAGGCUGGGUACCCCACAAAGAGGAUACGAGCCAUCCUCCACUCAACGCGAUCAAGAGCAUCUGGCCGCCACCUCAGGAUACAUCGUCGAAUGGUUCUCGAAGAAGCCCGGGACGUAGCGAAAGCCCCCGUUCGCUGCCUCCUUCGACCUCGAUUACGAGUGCGCCCUCGGAAGCAGAUACUCACAAUGGCAUUGAUAGGAACGGUUCGGGUUCACACAAUGGGUCAUCUCGACACCAGGUCUCCGAGCCACUGCCUGCGCACAUGAGCAUGCCCCCUCCGACCAUCAUUCCUGCACCACAUGCUGAGUUCGUUCCGCCACCGACGUUGACACGGCCGCUUGCUCCAGCUCGGUUCGUCACAAAGAAUGCCGGAUUCAGACCGAUCGGCCAGGCCAGUUCGUCGCUAAAGAAGUUCUUCCCGAGCGAUGAGGAAGACAUGGAUCUUUCUUCAGAUCCAGUGAUGCCACCUGCUGCUGAUGGAGGUCCCGGUUCAGCAGCUGCAGCAGAACCGGUGACGCCAGUCGUCGUCUCGGAAGAUGCAGGGCGCCACCUUCCGAGCCGGCAACUCCUCAAGAACAGUAUCAUCGAAGUGAAUUUGUACAAGGCCCAGAACACCGUCACCGGGAAGUACGUGGCUCUGAAGAGGAUCCGGAUGGAAUCCGAAAAAGAGGGAUUUCCUGUCACUGCUAUGCGAGAAAUCAAGCUCUUGCAGUCCCUUCGUCAUGAAAAUGUGGUUCGUUUGUACGAGAUGAUGGUCUCCAACGGCUCCGUCUACAUGGUUUUCGAAUAUAUGGACCACGAUCUGACUGGGAUUCUGUCUCAAACCCAAUUUGCAUUCACAGAUGCUCACCUCAAGUCCUUCAAUCAUCAGAUGCUCGCUGGCUUGGCCUACCUGCACCACAAAGGUGUCAUACAUCGUGACAUCAAAGGCUCCAAUAUCUUGGUCAACAAUCGAGGAGAGCUCAAACUGGGAGACUUCGGUCUCGCUCGAUUCUAUCAGAAACGACGGCGAAGUGAUUACACCAACCGCGUGAUCACCCUGUGGUAUCGACCGCCUGAAUUGCUUUUUGGUGCCACUGUGUACGGGCCAGAAAUCGACAUGUGGAGUGCUGGUUGCAUUAUGCUUGAAUUGUUUACGAAGAAACCCGUAUUCCAAGGCCAGGACGAGAUCCAUCAAUUAACGACCAUCUACAAAGUCAUUGGAACACCAACCCCGGAGCGGUGGCCUGAGCUCGCAGGCCUGCCUUGGUAUGAGCUGAUCAAACCACAGAAUGAGAUGCCGAAUCGGUUUCGAGACAUGUUUGCGAGGUGGAUGAAACCCGCCGCCUUGGAUCUUGCCGGCCGAUUGCUCUGCUACAACCCACUCGAACGUGCAACCGCGGCUCAAGCUCUCGAAGCAUCCUAUUUCGUUCAAGAGGAACCAGUUGCAGAGGCACCAACAGGCCUGUCCGCACUGAAAGGAGAGUGGCAUGAACUUGACUCAAAAAGAGAACGCGCGAAGAGGAAGAGGAAGGAGUAGUCUCAAAAAGUGUGCGAUUGUGUUACAAUACAUUGUGAACUGGCAAGCGGAGGGGGGCACCGUCUAAGCCGAGGCGGACAGGGUCACGAGCCCUUUCUCAGUCAGGUGUUGUACAAUGGAUUCGACCUGGACCGGACCAUCCGGAUCUGGUUGUCCCAACGCUUCGUGAACGGGGCCCCGGUGUCCUCAGCUUCCUCGACAUCGCCCAAUCCACCAGCCUUGCCUUGCGCGUCGUCUUCCUCUCGGCUCCCUUCGAACCAGAUGAGCCGAUCUACCUGGUCGAUAAAACCACGCAGCCGUCCCUGCUCGAUCAUCUUCCGAGCCAUCGUCUCCGCAGCACCCGGCGUCAGAUCCAACAGAGAGCCCAGCCCGCGAAACGUAAUAUUAUUGUAGAUCUUGGAGCUGGC